GCUGAAAGCAUCGAUCCUCGACAGAGAACAACGCGCAGUUCAUUACUUUUUGAAUUUUGAGUAUAAUAGUCGUUGAGCAUAGAUCUGUGGGAGUUUAUCGUGACAGUGUGUGUGAAACAAGGAGCCAGGUUUUGUUGGCCGUAUAUAGUUCAUCGUGGACCGUGAACUUCAUCCUGCGUGCGAGGCAUUUCGUCGUCCGGUCGAAGAGUCAACAGCCAUCCCGGCAAUAUAACCCGUGUGGUAGCUUUGCAGAGCAGUAACAGCAAUACAGAGUGCAGUGCAACGGUACAAAAGUCUUGAUCCGAACUCGACAUCUCACUCGAGGUGAGUCAGCCUCCAACCUGGGCGCGCGAAUCUCUUUUCGCGAUAAUUUUUUAGGCGAGCUAGCUGGAGUGCUCAUUAUUGACGGCGAUCAAAAAUCCGCCUGGUGCGUCCUGUGAGCUGACAAACCGAAUCGGUCAGCCGCAUACCCAAGGCGCGAAACUUGCCCAGUAAAAAAAAAAAAACUGUGUUCGCGAGUAGAUAAAAAAGAAAUAUUUUGGCGCAAACAUAAUUCUAUUCGUGAAAAUAAACAGAAUACAAGCUAGUUUAUCUGUGUGUGCGAUUGCAAACUUGUCCGAGCAAGAGCGAGUUUCAGAUAUUUAUGUGUAAUAGGGGCGCGCGGAAAAGUCACGAGGUAAAAACGCGCCGUGAAAUAGCAACUUCGCUAGAGCAACGACGAUAGGUAGUGCACGAGAGUGAGACAGAAAGUAAAUAAAGAAUUAGCUUCUUGAUAAAAUUGCCUAUAGUGGUGUGUGAUCUUGCUUGUGCUCAUAUUUAUCACUGUACAGCCUAUAUGUUUUGAAGCCCAUCACAGUGUGCCCUGACAUUUUUACUCUGCGUGUAUUAGUGCGAGAGUGUUUGAGCAUUGUUUUCGCUGUAGUUGAAGCUAUCGAGGCCAAAUUUUUGUACGCUUGCUCUUGAUACUGUGCGAGCGUAUACCAAAGUCGUUGCAGCGAAAAUAAAUACUCGGCGAUAAAUACAAAAAAGCCCCGAUUCCAGAAAAUUUUAAUCGACGCAUGAAAAUGGCUUCACGCGAUUAUUCUCGCCAGCGACCAAUCAAGCGAGACUCGAGCAGAAGGCGUGGCCGAUCGACGUCGCGCUCGAGCGGAAGCUCGCGUGCUUCGUUGAGGGACCGGCGAUCUACGCGAUACUCGAGGAGCCCUUCCACGGAAGAGGGUCGUAGGUACUGGCAGUGGGAGUCUUCGCGCUCUUUGAGCAAAGAUAGGCAAAAGCGCGCCUGCUCGAGAAAGCACAAGAGGCGAGAGGUUUCAUCGACGUCUUCGUCCGAGAGCUCUUGGAGCAGUAGCGAGUCGAGCGAUAGCGACGACAGCGGAGAUGGGCCUGAGCGUGCGCGAAUCACUGGCCGUAAGCUCGUAAAGAUUUUGCACCGUUUGAAUCUGGAGUACGACGGUGUUGAUCGACAAAAAGCUAUAUUUUUCUUGGAUCGCUUGAAAUAUUGCCGUCAGAUUGGACGCAUCGACGAUCAAGAGCUUUUUGACGUGAUCGCCGUAACAUUACAGGGCGUUGCGUCUAUAUGGUUAGAUACGAAGCGUUCCUCUUUUAAACAUUGGCAACACUUUGAAAAAUCUUUUCGAGACAUGUUUAUUGGCGGAGAUUGUGGUAUAAUGUACGAGAUGCGCAAACGUAAGCAGGGCGAAAACGAAACGAUUCUGCAGUUUCUGACUCAUAUUCGGUAUUAUAUUGUGCAUUUAUCGAAAAAGCCAUCGAUCGACCAACUAAUCGAGAUGGUUUGGGGCAACCUACGCCCGGAAUAUCGUCGAGCGUGUCGCGAUCGUAUGCCCGACUCGCUGGAAAAAAUAGAGCGAGAAGGCGAGAUCUACGAGGAGACGCUGAAGAACGACUCCGAUACGGUUUUACCUUUGCCCGGUAAAGCAAAGCGAAAGCCUCCGAUUAGAUCGAGUCAAAAAGCCGAAGCAGGAGCGGUACCAAGAGACUCGAACCGCAGACGAUUUUGGGGCGCGUGCCACGAUUGCAGCGAGAUCGGCCAUCGGGCUAGAGAUUGUACGAAACGUCGCUGCUAUCGUUGCCGCGCUAUCGGCCACAUUGCACGAGAUUGUCCCAGCGCUCCUCCGGGUAAGCCGAACCCCCAAAAAACGAACCAACCGGAGGCGCCGCUGAUCAUCGAGCGAGCCUGGGCCGUGAUAGCCUGCGAAAUCUUGGAAUUACCAUCCUGUUCCAGUAGUGAGAGCAAAUGGCUGGUCGUUUUCAUCGAUCUGUUCAGUCGCAGAGUCGAGCUGAAAGUUAUACCGUACGUCACCAUACUAGAUUUCGCGAUCGCGCUCAAUGAGCUUGUGAUCGAUAGAUGGGAUAAGCCUGAUUUUUACAUUAUAUGCGAUACCGAAAAAGAGCACGCGAAUUGGAUGAACGCAGUUUUUGAGAUAAAAGGCAUCCAGCAAGUAAAGAUUCCGUCCGAUUGCGCGGCCCCUAAUCCGAUCGAACUCUUAAAUCGUACGAUGAAAACCAUGAUCGAUGCAUACGUCGCGGCUCACCAUGUAGACUCGUGGGACAGGCAUUUGAACGAGCUGCGCCGCGCGAUAAAUUCAUCGGUUCAGUUGUAGACGUGUACCUGUGCGCGCGGGUGUGUCGGGACCUGUGCAAAGCUCGCAUCCUCAAAUAUAAGCGAUCACCGACUAAAUUAAUAUUAAGAAAUUGAAGAGACGACAAAAAAGCGACUUGGCGAGGAGCUGCUCGCAGCCUCGUUUAUUUACGUUACGUAUGGUUUGAUAAGAAUUUUGAAAGCUCCGUCACCGAGUCACGCACGCAGUCGACGACGUAAAACGAGAAACGCGUCGCGAAAGUAGAUUUAUAAAUUACACGAGUAGAGCUUUUACUCAAAGCACAAAUUAAUCAAUGGCGAUAUCCGAAGGGCGAAUAAGACAAUGUCAAGUUUUAUCUGUUGCAGCUGUGGUGGCGCAGCGACGAUGUACUCCCAGUGCCGAUGCCGAGGAACGGCCUACUGCACGCACUGGCAGCGACUGCAGAGCCGAGAAGAGUCGGGCCGCGGCCGCUAUAAGUCCAACGCCCGCGAUUAUCCUCGACAGCCCGGUCCCGAUUCGAAUCAAACGGGUGUCAAAUCGAGCAGGGCUCAACGUCGUAAGCAACGCAAACAAAUCCUAGAAUCGGCCUUGGCCGAGAGCAACGCCGCGGCUGCCCUCGAAAAAGAGCGAGCCGCCCGGCGACAAGCGCAAUCGGCCAGCCACGCCCCCGUUACCGCCCUGCAAGAGGUGUUGCAGGCACAAGCUGCUGUAUCGACCAGAGCGGUCAAAAAAGAAGCCGACCCAAAGGCAGAGGCUGCGGUCGCGGAUGAGGCGUGGCGCAAGUACUGCGUGACUCAAGCCAUCGAGAAAGAUCGACUCAAACGAGCCGCCGCCGCCGCAGCCUCUGCCGUUUCGGCAAGGCCUCCAUGGACGUACAGUAAAGUCAGCUACGAGUCACAGAAGAAGAGGAGCGGCCAAAACUGCGGCCGACGUGGCUUCGACACGCAAGACUGCUCGUUUCGAUGCGACGAAGAGUAUCGUCGCAACGAUGGCCAUCGCUUCGGGCGCAACGCGAGGACGGCGAGAGACGCGCCCUACGCAGCUCGCCCCGCACCUGCAGAGACAGCGAGGCCCAGCGUCGCCAAGGUGCGUCCAGCAUGUCCACCAUCGUGCACUACCACCAGGGUCAACGCCUCCAAGUCCGCAUCAGCGAGCAGCAGCAUGAAGCUCGAGUCUGACGAAGACUUCAAAAAGGUAGCCACAAGCACUGUCACAGGUGAGGAGCGAAAGAAACCACUACAAUCAUCGAGCGACAGCGUAGACAAAAAAACGAAGCCAGCGCCGCUGCUCGCUCCAGAGCCGAUCAACGCGCAGAUGGUGGCAGGCCUGACCCGCCUGGCCGAGGCGCUGAACAACGUCUCCGCGGAGGUGCGCGAACAGGUCCUGCUCGCGGCCUUGAAUCCGCCGUCGAGUGCCAAGACCAACUAACAAGAUACGGAGAGGCGAUAUCGAGGUGUAAGGAGGACCCCGUACUCACCGGCGUGUCUGUAAUUACCAGCUUCUUCUGUGCGGGACGGAGAAAGAGAGCGACACUGACUCGAAAAGAUGUCGAGAGCUUUAUUUUCAAAACAAAUCUCAGCCCCGGUACAAGUUUGAUCGACGAUGUACUAAAAGCUCUCAUCGUGCCUUGUUAUUUUAUUUUAUAAGUUUGCGAUGCUACAGUUCAUUGUGCAGAAUUUGACGGGUUCUUGUAUAAUUACAUGUGUCGCGAUACUGUAGCCGGUUCCGCCGUGGCCUUUCGCGGACUCGCAUACAAGACGCGUCGGCGUCUUUACGUCCGUGGCCCGCGCCCGGCUUCAUCUAGCAAAACUAACGUGAUCACAACUUGACCACCAACGCGAGUUCGAGCGUGCUUGCGGAUUAUCGAUCAGCAGCUCACUGAGAUCUUUGCGCGAGGCGUCUCGCAAACGACGGGAUGCAGAACGUCGUCUUUCGGAGUCGCGUGAAUGAGCGAGUGAGAAAAGAAAGAGGGUUCAACAACCGUCAUGUUAUUACUUGACAGACUUAUUACUUUAGCUUUUUACUUAUGACUUAUAACUUUUUAAAGUAAUAAGUCUAGUAAAGACUUAUUUAAAUUCAAUUCGAUUCGUUUCUAUGUAAUUCGCGUUCAAUCAAAGUGUGUAAAAAAUAGAUAAUCGUUAUCAUCCUAUCACAUUUAAUAAAGUUAAUUUGGACCAAUGCACAUUUCUGUGUUUUAUUCGACUAAUUAUAUAAAUAUUUCCUUCUGUCUGUCAUAUUUUUUUUUCACGUUUUCGCGUUGACAGGUGCAGCUUGCAGCAGCGCAAACGCCUCGGAACCUCAACGACGUCCUCGGUCCUCUAACCACGAGAUGAGUCAACCUCAACCCUGAGUGCCGACAUGCU